AUGAGAUGGAUUAAGCGGAGGAGCCAUGGUGCCGGUGGGUUCAUCUUCCUCGCAUUCUUCAGCUUCAGCCCCCGCCACACCGCGCGAGCGCCGGUAAGCUUGGGAGCUGUGGCGGGGACGAUCAAACGAGGUCUUCUUCUGCGACCUCCGCUGUUCAACCCCCUCAUAAGCGACCUCUGCGCGAAGAACAGAGCCCACCUCGCGCGAGAGCUUCUCGGGAGGAUGCCCCUUCUGGGUUGCCCCCCUGACGUCUUCUCAUACACCAUUCUCGUGAAGGGGCUCUGCAGGAUGGGCCGCGCCGGUACCGCCCUCAAGGUACUAGAAGAAAUGACGACGGGAAUUUCCCCCUGCCAGCCGGACGUGUUCAUGUACAGUGCGGUCAUUGAUGGGCUGUGCAAGGAGGGCUCUCUUGAUGGCGCUCUGUCGCUGGUGGAGGAGAUGAAAUUUAGAGGGAUUUCUCCCAACAUCGUCACCCACAACACCAUCGUCAACGGGCUGUGCCGGAAGGGGAGGACCAACGCUGCCAUCGAACUGCUGAGAGAUUUGAGCUCACAGGGGAGCGCCUGCAAGCCCAACGUGGUUACCUUCACCACGGUGAUCGACCGGCUCUGCGAGGAAGGAUCCAUCAACGAUGCCGUUGCUCUGAUCGAAGAGAUGGCCUCCUUUGGCGUCCCUCCGAACAUCGUGACCUACAACAUCCUCGUCAAGGGCCUCUGCAAGAAGGGCAACGCCGACGCGGCGGCCGAGUUCCUCCGGUGGAUGACCGCCGACGACCGUUGCUGCAAGCCCGACGUGUUCACCUACAGCACCGUCAUCAACAAGCUCUGUGAGGAAGGGGCGGUGACGGACGCGAGCAGGCUGUUCGAGGAAAUGAAGUCCAGGGACAUUUCCCCCAACGUCGCCACCUACAACACCCUCAUCAAAGGCCACUGCCGCGCGGGGGACCUCGUGGUGGCCCUCAGGCUGCUUAGCUCCAUGGGUGAGAGCCAGAGUUUCUGUAAGCCAGAUGUGGUCACCUAUAACACGGUCAUCAAUGGGCUCUGUGAGCAUGGAUCCGUGGGUGAUGCUGUCAAGCUGUUUGAAGAAAUGCCCGAGACAGGUAUCUCCCCGAACACCAACACGUACAACACCAUUGUGAAGGGCCAUUGUCAGGCAGGCAACACUAACCUGGCUUUGCAGCUGCUCAGGAAAAUGCUAGACCUCGGCGGCCCUUGCCAGCCGGACGUUGUCUCUUACAGUACGGUGAUUAAUGCCUUCUGCGACGAAUGCCUGGUUGAGCACGCCCAGACCCUCUUCGAGGAGAUGACUUCCAUGGGCAUCAAGCCGAACGUCAUCACAUACAAUGCUCUCAUCAAGGGAUAUUGCAAGGUGGGCAACACUGAUAAGGCGGUAGAGUUGCUAAAGGGGAUGUUCUCCGAGGAUGAUUCUUGCAAGCCCGAUGAGGUCAGUUACAGCACAGUGAUGGGGUUCCUCUGCGAGAGGGGGCUGCUGAGUGAAGCCCGGGAGCUGUUUGGGGAGAUGACGGAGAAGGUCUUGAUGCCCAAGUCCUGUGCCGAACACGUGGGAUGCUCUCAGGAUCGCUGGUCGCUGUUGAAAGUAUACUAA